AUGACUACCACACGGGAGGACGUACUGCUCCAGAUGGGAGAAGUGCGGUUUAAGAAGGGUGACGGGACGCUUUACGUGAUGAACGAACGAAUCGCCUGGAUUGCUGAGCAUCGCGACACGGUUGCUGUAUCACACCGUUUUCAGGAUAUAAAAAUGCAAAAAAUUUCACCCGAAGGAAAGCCGAAGGUACAGCUGCAGGUCGUACUGCACGAUGGCAACAGCUCGACGUUUCACUUCGUCAACCGGCUCGGUCCCCAGGCACAGAUGGCCGACCGGGACAAGGUGAAGGAGCUGCUACAACAACUGCUGCCAAACUUUCGGCGCAAAAUCGACAAGGAGCUGGAGGAAAAGAACCGUAUCCUGACGGAAAACCCAUCGCUCUUGCAGCUGUACAAAGAUCUGGUCAUAACGCAGGUGUUGACGAGCGAAGAGUUCUGGGCACGGCACGCUAAGGACUACAUGAACAAGGAGCAAACGGUAAAGCAAGACAUUGGCGUGUCCGGUGCGUUCCUGGCGGACAUUAAGCCCCAAACGGAUGGGUGUAACGGGUUGCGCUACAAUUUAACGGCGGACAUUAUCGAAUGCAUCUUUAAAACGUAUCCGGCCGUGAAGCGGAAACACACCGAGCACGUGCCGGGAAAGAUGACGGAGGCGGAGUUUUGGACAAAAUUUUUCCAGUCACACUACUUCCACCGGGACCGCAUCGUGGCGGGCGGCACCAAAGACAUUUUCACCGAGUGCGGUAAGAUCGAUGAUCAGCAGCUGCGCCAGUCGGUGCAGGAGAAUCUCGGCGAUCCGUUGCUGGAUAUACGGGCGUUCGAAGACAAUACGCUUGAGGAUGGAUUUUGCAGUUCGGCCACUGCCAAGCAGCAGACAGUGAACAGCGGCAACAUCGUACAUCAGAGUAUGAUCAAGCGCUUUAACCAACAUUCGUUUUCCGUGCUGAAAACGUGCACGGAUGUGAAAACGCUGAACUGUGGCAUCGGUUCCAUACUGUCUGCAACGCCGGUUGUUACGGAUUCAGCCACCAACGGUAUGGCAGUUACUGCAAACGGGAAGGACAAAACGAACAGCAACUGUCAGCCGACAGAUGGCAGCAACAACAACAACAACACGGUGAACGGAUACAGCAAGAAAGAGAAAAGGUCGCACGAUCAGCACCACCUUGCCAAUGGGACCACCGCGGAACACAAGAGUAAUGGGACCAGCACGGGUGCGAACGGGGUGUUUGUUGAGCCAACGAUUAAGAAGGCUCGGAUACAGGCGAAAAUUACGUACGAUGAUCUGGAAGGUGAAGAGGAUGAGCGGACCCGCGUAAAGCAGUUGAAUUUGACCAAAAUAGAACGUUACCUACAUGGGCCUGUGCCGGCCGCAGGUGGUACUGGUAGUGGUCACGAUUCAUUACUGUCCACGCACCAGCGUGGUGAAGGAUCGGGAGGUUUGCAUGAUUUCGAAACGACCCAUGCAAUGAUCCUAGAGGCCGCCAAUGGAACGUGGAGCAAUCGGACACCUCAUAAGCUGUUGGUCAGUCCGGCCGCUGCGGUCAGUGCACUGGGUGAUCUCAGUCCGGGUGGUGCGCUCAUGAGAGGAUUCCAAGAACAAAGCCUUGCCCAACUAGUGCCUCCGGAUAUCGAGAAGGAAGUGCGAAACCUUUACCUAUCGUUGCUGGAAUUGCUAAAGGAGUUUUGGAAAUGUUUCCCACCAACUACGCCUCAGCUAGAGUCGGAAGCAACGCGCAUGCACGACAUAUUGCAACGCUUCGCGAUGGUCAAAUUGAAGCCCUUUGAGGAUCGUGCCAUGAGAGAACUGUUGCCAUUGGGAUCCUCGCUAACGCAGCAUUUGAAUCAACUGCUCCAGUCGGCCAACCGGAAGUAUGCGAUUUGGCAGGAUCGGCAUCGUCGUACGCACAGGUAGCACUGCUCUCCGAUGCUCCACUAGCGGGGCCA